GAGUUGGAUCAAUCUACCUCUCAACACAAAGAAGAGACAGGGAGCAGAAGCAAUAACAAACAAACCUAGCUGCUCGCUAACGCAAUUUAGGGAAACUGAGCACACAAGACAGAGUGUCUCAUUAACGGUGGACACACAUUGUGUUUUUCUUAAGUAAUAAUUACCGUGUACUCUAGGAUGCAUACAGACUACUAAGAACACCUAUCGUGUCUUUCACGGAACUAGUAUCUAACAUCUGCUAAUACUAGCCAAACGAGAGCUAACGUUAAUCCUUCCUGUUUUUGUCGUUUUCUGUCAAAUUAUAGGAUUGACCAGAAAGGAUAUCAUUUAUUAGAGGGUUUUUUUGUUGUACACGGUGACAUGAGAGAAUAGUGAGACGACGGGGAUUAGAUCAUAACAUUUACGGUCCGACUUUAGCAGGAGACUAAGUUCAGCUCAACUGUGGGGGACCAGGGAUGGCUCACCUGGGUGUGUUGUCCGCGGGCGCUCCUCUGAGGGUUCUUGUGAUGUUCUUUUGCUGCCUAAUGGUACCAGUACCAACACAUGCCUAUAUCUAUGCUUAUUAUAGGAAUGUCACCUCCAUGUUGUUUGAGGACCUCCCUGCCUUGUUUGGCUCCCCACUUCCUAAGGAUGGAAUAAUGGGAGUUUUGACGGUGACCCGUCCUCUUAAUGGCUGCACAACAAUAGACCCUCCGCCUCCAUUGCCACCUUUCUAUGAUGCCAACACUACCAAAUUCAUCGCCCUUAUCCGGCGCUAUGACUGCACUUUUGACACCAAGGUCUUGCUCGCUCAGCAAGCAGGAUACAGCGCAGUGAUCGUCCACAACCUGUACUCUGACACUCUGCUCAACAUGAACUACAGCAACGAGACUAUUGCAGAGGCGAUCGACAUCCCCUCUGUGUUCACCAGCUACUAUGCCUCCCAAUUUCUCAGGAGUUAUAUAAUUUCAGAACAAGGGGCCUAUGUGAUCCUCAAGCCGGAGUUUGCUUUCCCACUCUCGUACUACCUGAUCCCCUUCACUGGAGUUGUUGGCAUGAUCAUUCUUGUGAUGUGUGUCGUCUUGAUUAUACGAUGUGUUCAGUAUCGGAAAAAGGUGAGGAAAAAUCGUUUGUCCAAGGAACAACUGAAGAGGAUCCCAAUCCACAAGUUCACUAAAGGGGACGACUAUGAUCUGUGUGCCAUCUGCCUGGAUGAGUAUGAAGAAGGGGACAAACUGCGAGUUUUACCUUGUUCACAUGCGUAUCACUGCAAGUGCGUGGACCCGUGGCUCACACUGACCAAGAAGACGUGUCCUGUGUGCAAGCAGCGCGUCACUCGCAGCAGCACGGAGCACUCCGAGUCCGAGUCCGAGGAGGAGACUGGAGGUCGCAGGGAGGAGGAAGGAGCAGACGGCGAAGCAGACUCGGAGCGUACUCCUCUGCUGCGACCCUCCAACCCGGGGUCCCCCUCAGGGAGCCCAGGGGCCUAUUCAGCAACCACCACCACUGCCCAGUGCCUCGCCUCCCCUGCACACUGCGACUCCCCCAUCCUGGUGUACGAGGGCUACCACUCCCCACUGGAGGACACGGAUUCGGACAGUGACGAGGCUGUGGAGGACAGCCACCACUCUGAUGAUGACACCGCCCGGCUCAUCGACAGGGAUACAGUGGAGGUCUGAGGGUCUGUCCGUUGCCAGGUGUGCUAUCACAUCGUACUUUAAAAUAGUUUGUGGUUAGCUUGAUAUUUAUUCUAACAUAAUAUCCAGUAACCACCGGAGGUCUACCUGUUAGUGUCAAAGCACAGGAAGCGCUUGAUGAGUUUUACCAAAACUUGCCAGUGAGCGUCAACCCCCACAAACCUUCACUCCAGGACUCCUGAAUUUGUCUGUGGGCCUCCUUUUUUUUUUUAAAUGCAUGUUUUAAUCAUAACUUGCGUGACCCUGACCACUAGUGUUGCACAUAAAUACUGGGCCACUUACAUCGACUGCGCUGGCAGAGCCUCUGUUGCUAACAGAACAAAUGGUGGAUCUCUGAGUGCGUAACGUUAGUGCAGUUUGAGACACUCAAUCUAAAUCCUAAUCGCUUUACAUCCGACAGCCCUUUUCUCCUGCUUUUUAUCUUUUUCCUAACCAGAAUGUGCAUGCGGAGGGAAAUUGUCCGUCUCCAUUUUAUCUCUUAAUACGCUCGACUCUCUUUUCACAUUUUUAAAGCUAUAUUUCAGUUCUUUGAAAUUUCCGCCUAGUUUUUGUGGUGUGCUAAGUUUCCACAAGUCACGCUUUAAUAGAAUCUUGCAAAGAUGUUAUACAUUUCUGCUGCUUUUACAUUGUUAUUCUUAAAUACUCUGUGGUCAGUUUAAGGAGAAUAUGUUUAGCUGUGUCUAGUUUGUCAAGUGGAACAAACUCAGGUUUUAGCAACAGAUAGGUCAGUCAGUAGAGGAAUAACAACAGUAGGUCUUAUAAUGUUUUAGCUUUCGAAUCAACGUAAAAUAAGAUUCAAUGGAUGUUUUUCCAUUUUUAUAUACGACUAAAUGAUACCCUGUUUGAUUGUGGGACCCUGGAGGUGUUUUAGGAAUAAGAGCAUUGCCUUACAUUGGCCUUGAUGUACAUGUGUCCGUUAAAUGUUUGGGAAAUGAAGGGACUGGAUUAAGAUUACUCUUUCCCCUCUCGACUCAAAACUGCAAUACUUAUUUAAUACUGCUGGUGAGAAAACCAUGAUUUUAUCCCAACAAGAAAGAGGCCGCCAUGCUUUGUGCUAGUAGAACCCCAACUGCUUGAUUUGCACCCGAACAUUUGGACAAUCUCAGAUACUUGUCAAACAACGGACGGCUUGUUUCUCUGUUUUUAUAAAAGGACCUGGAUUAGUUGUGUGCUGUCCAACGAUAUACAGAACAGUACAAAAAAAUGAUUAACUGGAAUUAAAAAUUGUAAUGUAUGUGUGUGGGCAUUUUUAAGCUCUGUAUACAUUUACCCACACUCCCUUGUUGUCUGGAUCUAAAAAUGUCCUUGAGGGUUACCAUCAUCUUUGCUAAAAAUCUGUUUAAUCUGUUAAAAAAAAAAUGUGUUUAAUCUCAACUACCGAACAGAUCCCCUCGAACACCACAACUAUUUCACAACGGGAAACACUACCUGAUUCUGAAAGGUGUCAAAGGAUUAGUUUUGUUUAUUAAAUGGGAAUCAGAAAUCAUAACAUUCCUUCUUUAUAUUCUACUGAUUAAUAGACACUUUGAUUGGGACUUUUGGGCAAUAGUCUGUAUUGUGAAAUGAUCCGUUUCCUCUCCUAUUUGCUUCACGUGAAUUUGUACUGUUUUUAUGUUUGCGUUAUGUCUCGGUGUAAGAGACUGGUAACCCAAACGUCUUUAUUUUUUCUUCUAAAAUGUUCCUAGUUUAUCACACUAGAAAGAAAAUAGAUGUGCAGUGUCAAUUUAUAUCCUUUUCAUGUAUAAAGCUGCCAGGUUUGAAAAUAUGUAGGAUGUCUAAACACAGUCUGUGGAAAUCUGCAUUUAAUGUGUGAUUUGUGGAAGAAUAAAUGGUAUUGAAACGGGA